UAUUCAUAUCUUAACACCAGUGGGAAUAUGCUUUCCUUGAUUGAAAAUCAUUCAUGUUCUGGAUGAUUCUUCCGCCUCUGGCAUUAGCAUGGAAGUUUAAAUCUUUUGUGUACCGUUCCUUAAUCAGUUAACCAGAUGGAAUCGUUGAAAGAGAAAAGUCUUGUCUACAAACCACAAAAAAACUAGCUCUGCAUUGAGCACAUGUUUAGACGCUCUCAUCGAAAUAUGAAGUUGAAGUAGGGAUUGGUGUUUUUCUUCUGCGCUAUUUUGUAGCGUUUCCUUUUCUCUUCUUGUCAAUACCAUCAGGAUAUCGAAGAAUAUCGACCUUUUUUUUUUUCUUUUCCUUGUGAAGCCAAAAAUGAUACAAAUAAUUUGUCAGUCAGUUCGAGUGGUGACUGGAAACCCUAGGGAGUAGUCGAUAUUUCCUGAACUGAGCUAAAAGAUGGCACUGCAAGAACAGUUAGACCGAUUUAAAAAACAGCAGCAGAAGUGUCAGUCAACCCUCACGAGCAUUGCAGCUAGUAAGGCUGCAGCAAGUAAAAAAUCUACUCCUGCAGUUGCAUCUGCAUUGGCCAAUGGGAAAACUCCAGCUCCUGCUGUCAAAUUUUCAAAUGAUACAGAGAGGCUUCAACAUAUUAACAGUAUUAGGAAGGCCCCUGUUGGAGCUCAGAUGAAGCGUGUUAUUGAUCUGCUGCUAGAGACCAGACAGGCUUUUACACCUGAGCAAAUAAAUGAGGCAUGCUAUGUUGACAUGAAAUCUAACAAGGACGUUUUUGACAGCUUGAGGAAAAAUCCGAAAGUACAUUAUGAUGGAGAACGGUUCUCUUACAAGUCAAAACAUGACCUGAAGGACAAAAAUCAACUUCUGUACCUGAUUCGCAAAUUUCCUGAGGGCAUUGCUGUUAUUGACCUGAAGGAUGCCUACCCGACUGUGAUGGAGGACUUGCAGGUUCUGAAAGCUGCGGGGCAGAUUUGGCUACUGUCCAACUUUGAUUCGCAGGAAGAUAUUGCAUACCCUAAUGACCCCCGAGUGCCUAUUAAAGUAGACGACGACAUAAAACAGCUUUUCCGGGGGAUUGAAUUGCCUCGUGACAUGAUUGACAUAGAGAAGGAUCUCCAGAAGAAUGGGAUGAAACCUGCUACCAACACUGCAAAGAGGAGGAGCGCAGCGCAGAUUCAAGGCAUUUCUUCUAAACCCAAGCCUAAGAAGAAGAAGAAUGAAAUCAGCAAGAGGACCAAGCUUACCAACGCUCAUCUUCCAGAGCUUUUUCAGAAUUUAAACAAUUCCUGACUUCACAUACUUGUGAUCAUUUGAUAGUGUAAGAUAUAUCUGUGUAGAAAAUAUUCAAGUAGUUCAUUAAAGUCUCUCCCUUUCAUCUUACGUUUGAAGCGAAAAAAAUCUUGCUUUCAUUGUAUAAAUCAUUUUAUUGUUACGAAUCUAGGUUGGACAUACUUGUUCAGUCCAAACCCUGGGCAUUCUUUCAGAACUUGAGGCCCAUUUUGGUGUUUUAUACCUUAGUAUUACUCAUUCAAGUAACGACAUGAUGUACAUUUUUCGGUUUUCCAUUUUUCAUUUAUCUUUUUUUUCUUUAUGUAUAAA